AUGAUAGACACGACGCACGCUCACGGCUUUGCGGCGCAGCUGGCGCUCGCCUCGCAGCUGUCGACCCCCUUCUCCUCGUCGACCCUCAUCCGCCUCUUUCCCUGGGUCCCGCUCGCAUGGGCCGCUCUGCUGUUCCUCGUACAGGUCGCGAAGCGGCUCAAGAAGCGCUACAGACCCAAGCGGAUCCGGCUCGACGAGGACGAGGGGUACGGCCCUCGCCAGAAGCCUCUGUUCGCCGUAUGGGUCGAGGAUGAGGACAUCUUGGAGGCGGAAGGCGUCGGACAAUCAAGUGUGGAAGAUGUAGAGAUUCUCGAGGCGACCACCGAAGCAGUCCUGCCUCCACCGCCUGUCAUGGUGGCCCUCGUACCGCUCCUCGAAGUUAUCGGGUGGGCGACAAUCCUCCUCGCUGCGGCAGUCAGGCGAUCUUCGCCGAAGCAGGAGCUACUGCAGCUUGUGGCGCAUGGCGUUGCAUGGGCGUACGCACUCUGCCGCCAACUUUGGCGACGGACCGCAACCGCGCCACUCGCCCUGCUUUCGCUCUACGUCGUCCUGCUUCUCAACUCGCUUCUCGCGGUCGUACAAGACUUGCGCAUGUACAGCACGAUCCCGUCCGCCGACCUCCCAGCGCUCGCACAGCUCAAACGCCUCCCCGAUCUCGUCCUCAUUUGCUUCCUCAUCUCCGCCAUCUUUCAGAUGACCCUCUCUCCGCCUCUCGACAUCGCCAUUCGAGCCGAGCGCGCCGAAGCCGGCAAGGAGCUAUCCGAGUCGUCUCGACCCCGCUCGCCUGAAGACUCGAAUACCGUCUUCGGCGCCUUCACCUACUCCUGGAUGAGCGGCAUCAUGCAGAUUGCCAGGGCGCGGUCGCUCAGGCCAAAGGACGUCUGGUCGCUCAGCCUGAACAAUCGAGCCGAGGUCCUCUCCCGCCGAUUCGCCUCGCUACGCAGUAAGACGCUCACGCGCAAGCUCCUCCGCGCCUCAGCCCGCGACAUUGCCAUCGAUGCGACGCUCAAGCUGGUCGCCUCGACUUCGGAGUACCUCCGCCCGUACUUCAUUCAAAAGAUCCUCGAGAACCUCACGCUCGCCUACACCGGCUCUCCCGCGCCGGAACCGACCUUCUCCUCCCUCCUUCUUUCCAGCAUGACGCCCGACUCGCCACCUUGGACGCCGCGAGAGAAGGCUUACCUCUACACCUUCCUCGCCUUCCUUUCCGCACUCCUGAAAACCCUCGCCCAACAGCGGCACUUCCACUACGCGCGGCGCAUCGGGAUGCGGUUGCGCAGCGAGUUGACGGUUGCGCUGUUUGAGAAGGCGUUGAAGCGGCGCGAAAAGGCCGGAGUGGAGGAGAAGAAGGCGGAGGACGGAAGCGCCGAGGAGCCGGAACCAGGUGCGGCGUCGGUCGGAAAAGUCAUCACGAUGAUCUCGGAGGACGUGAACAGGGUUCUGCGAAUGGGCUGUGACUCGCACCUCAUAUACGGCGCACCGCUCGAGAUUGCGCUGGGCCUUGUCUUCCUGUACAACUUGAUGGGCUGGAGCGCUCUCGUCGGGUUCUCUCUGCUCGCUCUCAGCGUGCCCAUCAACUACUGGCUCGGCAAGGUCGCUCGCGAGCGGCAGACCGCACGAGACGCCCGUCAAACCGCCCUGCAAGAGCUCAUCAACGACGUCCGGACCGUCAAGCUGUUCGGCUGGUCGGCCGCUUUCAUCCAUCGAGUCGAGGCGAAGCGCAAGGUCGAGCUCGAUUGGCUCGUCAGGGACUGGUUUAUCCGAUACGCCUACACGCUUCUCUGGGCGUCGUUGUCGCUCCUCGUUCCGCUACUCGCCUUUUGGUCGUACGUCAAGCUGCAAGGCGAAGAGCUAACGGUCGCAGUCGCCUUCACCGCGCUGUCGCUGUUCUCGCUCGUCCGCGGCCCUCUCAACCAAAUUCCCGGCUUCGGCAUCCGCAUCCUCCAGCUCCGCGUCUCGAUCUCUCGCAUGGAGUCGUUCUUUGCCGAGGAUGAAGUCGAUUGUCGAGUGUCGAACGGGAACGAGACAGCUGCCGGCGUCGUUAAGCUGGAGCAGGCAACUCUCAGAUACGCCGGUGCCAAAGACGGAAGACCUGCCCUCAUCGACCUCGACGUCGACUUUCCCCAGCGACAGCUGACGGUCGUCUCGGGACCCACUGGUUCCGGCAAGAGCUCGCUCCUGUUUGGCUUGCUUGGCGAGCUCAAAGUCGUGUCGGGCAAAGUCGUCCUUCCUCCCGCGGUCUCGUACGCGGCGCAGCACCCAUGGCUUGAGUCGUUGACGGUACGGGAGAACAUCCUCUUCGGUUACCCGGUUGACGAAGAGCGGUAUCGAGCGGUCGUACGAGUUUGCGCGCUCGAAAAGGAUCUCGAAGUGCUACCGGACGGCGACAGGACUUUCGUCGGUGAGCGGGGCAUCUCGCUAAGCGGCGGCCAGAAAGCUCGACUCGCCCUCGCUCGAGCCAUCUAUGCUCCGACUGCCGCCAUCCUCCUCGACGACGUCUUUGCGGCCGUCGAUGCGCAUGUCGCUCGUCAUCUCCUCACCCACCUCUUCGGUAGUCCGCUCAUUCGCGGCCGCACCUGCAUACUCGUCACCCACCACGUCGACCUCGUCCUUCCGCUCGCCGCCUAUCAUGUUCAGCUCGAGAAUGGCAAGGUCAUCGCGCAGGGCCCGGUCGAGUCGCUACAGACGCAGGCCGUCGACGCCGUCGAGGAGGAGCUAAAGACCUUGCCUGACGGCGAAGGCGAAGGGGCAGGAGUUGCGGAGGAGACGGAGGGCGACGCGAAGAAGGAGCGGGUGACGGCCGGCAAGGCCGAGGGCUGGACGAGCGGGGCGGUGAAGAGCGAGAUGUACAAGGCGUACCUUCGCUCGUCGGGCUACGCCGCAUGGGCGCUCGUGCUCCUCACGGUCGUCGGUCGACCCGUCUUUACGUUCCUCGAGCAGUUCGUGCUGCGCCAAUGGGGCGAAGCGGCGACUCAGCAGAACGGCACGGUCGACAAGAAUCACUACCUUCUGCUGUACGGCCUUGUCGGUGCCGGCACCUCGAUCCUGAUCGUCCUCACCGCCGUCUUCAUCUCGCUCGCCUCCCUUCUCGCCUCUCGCUCGCUUUUUCACCAGCUCCUCUCUCGAGUCGUCUACGCCCCGCUUCGAUGGUUCGACCUCGUCCCUCUCGGCACAAUCGUCAACCGCUUCACCCAGGACAUUGGUGUCGUCGACGAUGGUCUGGCGGUCACCAUGGCCGAGUUCGCCGUACAGAUGGCGUUCCUCAUCGCAGCUCUCGUCGUGAUUUCCGUUGUCCUCCCUGCCGCGCUCGGCACGUCGCUCAUCUUCGCCCUCAUCUACUCGACCAUCUUCCGCUCCUACCUUCUCGUCAAUCGCGACGUGAACCGAAUUGCGGCUACCACCGCCUCGCCCCUCUUCGCGUCCUUCGCGGAAGCCUUGCGAGGCAUCACGACAAUACGGGCGUUUGGCAAGCAGAAGGAGUACCGAGCGCGCUUGUGCAACAUUGUCGACGAGACGCUGGCCUUCUGGUACUGCUCGGCAACUCUCGAUAUCUGGCUGUCCAUUCGAACGCAGUUCCUGUCGGCCUUCUGCCUUCUUGCGACCGCCGUCUUUGCCACCUUCUUCCGUAUCUCGCCCGGUCUCGCCGGCAUCGCCAUCACCUCGAGCCAAAGCGUCUUGCAGGCGCUCGACUUUCUCUGCAGCGCAUACGGUCGCCUCGUCCUCUCUAUGAACAGCCUCGAGCGGAUCACGGAGUAUCUCGAGGUACCGCAGGAACCGCAAGGAGGUGUCGUGCCGCCUGCAAAUUGGCCGUCGUCGAGCGGACGGACGAGUCUCUUGGAUGUGAAGGAUCUGGUCAUGCGAUACGACGCGAACCUUCCGCCAGUGCUGCACGGCGUGUCGUUUUCGGUGAAGGCGGGCGAGCGGAUCGGUAUCGUCGGGCGCACCGGUUCCGGCAAGAGCACACUUGCAACGUCGCUCCUUCGCUUCACCAACCCUGCAAGCGGCUCCAUCGUUGUCGACGGCCUCGACAUCUCGCACGUCUCUCUCGAAGAGCUACGCAAACGUAUCACGCUCGUCCCUCAAGAAGCGACCCUGUUCGAAGGAACCCUACGCGACAACCUCGACCCGUUCGGCGAGCAUACCGAUGCCGAGUGCAUCGCUGCGCUCAAGAGGGCGCAUCUGCUCGAUCCGGAUGUUGGCGAGGAUGCGGCAGAGGAAGGGGGUGAGGGAGGACGAGCCAAGCCACCAUCGACGAUUUCGUUGGAUUCGGCGGUCGCUGCGGGCGGCGCCAACUGGUCUGCGGGACAGCGGCAGCUGAUUGCGAUAGCUCGAGCCCUCCUCCGCGACUCGCGCAUCGUCAUCCUCGACGAGUCAUCGGCAUCUCUCGACCACGCUCUCGACACGAAGCUGCAGCAGGUUAUCCGGGAGGAGUUCACAGAUGCGGCGGUCCUGACGAUUGCGCAUCGUCUACGCACCGUCAUCGAUUACGACCGCAUCCUCGUACUUGACGCCGGCCGGAUCGUCGAACUCGACUCGCCGGACAAGCUGCUUGCGAAGAAGGACGGCGUCUUUAAGCGGAUGUGGGACGAGAGUCAGGGCGGCACGAAGGUGUGA